AUGUCAGGCCACUCGCCUUCUCAGUGGUUUCCGGGCCGAGGCAUCCGUCUGCCGCGCAAGCUCCUAGGCCAGCACGGCAACCUGAGGAUACUCCAGCGCGCGCUGGACGACAGCGAGCCCAGCUUUCGCGAGCGCAUGAACGCGCUGAGCGCGGCCCAGAGGUCGGCGGCCGCCCUGGAGGCCAACCGCGAGAUCAGCGAGGCGCUCCUUGCUACGAGCCGCGCAUCGACCACGGACCCAGAAACUUCCACGCACCAGGUGGGCGACCAGGCACUCCAUUGGAGAGACCUCGGCAAGGCCAGGGCGAAGAAGCACCGGGCUGCGCGCUGGCACGACUCGGCGGUCGAUUGGAAGGGCGCCCCCGGGACUCCCCAGCUCGGCAAGAAUCCACAAGCAGACCACAGAUACGACGACUCCUUCCUGUCAUGGCCUCCGAUGGCCACAGAGCACUACCGCCAGCCGCAGCGCCCCACGGACCGGAGACACAUCGACUGGAACGCGAAGGCCGCCAGGCCGAGACCGACGCCGCACCCGCAGCUCAUGGCCGAGGGCCUGGCGCACCCGCCAGAGCCAGACGAGCAAGUGGCCUCGCUGCCUGCGCAGUCGACGCCCCCCCCAGAGCAGCUGCGAGCGAAAUUCGAAGAGGAAGAGACACCCCAAAUGCAUGACGAUGGUGACGGCGAACCUCGCAUCCCAGAUCAUCCCGACCCAGAUCUAGAAGAGGCGCCCGACCGCUUCGAGGGCGAGGACACUCCCCAGCUUCCUGCCAGUCACGCAAACGGAGACGCUGAUCAAGAAUACGAGGUGGAUCUCGGAGCAGAGGCCGAUGAGGUCCCCUUCGAAGACGCGAAUCCAUCGGCGAUCGACCCCGAGCACGGCCAGAUCGACGAAGACGGGGCACCGUUCCACGACAGCGCGGGGGCUCAGCCCUGGCAUCAAGAGAGCCAGGGCCCCACAGCUGCAGCGUCGCCGAGUGGAGCUGCCGGAUCGGGAGCGACGCCGUUUCGAUCAGCACCCAAGCAGCAGCGCACCAGGAAGAAGCGCUUCGACCACCUUGACGACGCACCGCUCAGUAUACGAAAGGGCGGUCCCCAAGUCGUCGGCCUGGGCCGCCGCUUGUUCAAUCCUGCCCUGGUCGAGAUCAAGCGGGGCUGCCACCCGCCAAGGGCCCGAGACGCACUCUCGCACUGCAGGGAGGGCACACGCGGCUGCCACCUCGCCAACGGGGCCUGCUCUACGGAGGUCGACCUGGACACGGUCUCGGGCGACGACGUCCGAGAACUGCCGGCGUCGACAGAGGGCGGACGCGAGGAGUGGGUCGCCCGCGAAGCCAGCCG